AGUGGUCAAAUCGGUGCGCUUCCGACUUAGUUCAAAAGCAGUACAUGCACUACUUUUGGUGCGAGUUGCAUAGACGUCUGCAUCAGAUGUCUUGCAAAUCACAUCUUACACCCUGGUCACAUCAAGCCCGACUUUGAAGUUGUGCGACUUACAGUGAAGUCACAUGAUUUCAAAGUCGGGGGACAUGCCGAUUUCAAGUGCGAUUUGCAAGACAUCUGACACAGAUGUCUAUGCAAAUCGCAUGAAAAGUAGUGCAUGUACUACUUUAGAAAUCGGUGCGGCUCCGACCAAAUCGGAGCCGCACUGAUUUGACCACUGUAAUUGUGGACAAUAGGGUGCGACUUGACAU